CAAUGGGUUAAUCGUUCUCUGUCUCGCGACAAUCAAAACAUUAAACAAAAUAUAAUUGCAAAAAUUAUUGCGAAGCGAAGCGCAAUGUUUUCGUAUAAACUUCCUUGUGGAGAUUUCCAGACCGUUACUGCAAUGACGGUACAUAAUAUAAGCUUUGAUCCGCCAGUAUACGAACAGAGGUAUUGCGCCGCAGUUCAAAUUUUAAGCGACCCUCGAUGGAAGUCCCAGAUCCGGAAAUCUGUCGAAUUUGGAUGUGCAGAAAUCCGAUUUUUCCCCCUACUAAGACGAAUUGAAACAAUUGAAAAUAUAGUUCUGGUGGACAUUGACGAAGACGUGCUGAAGAAGUACAUGCAUCGAAUAGAUCCAUUAGUAUCAGACCACAUUAGGCAACGCCAGUGUCCCCUGCAAGUGAAGGUUUUACAGGGAAACGUGGCCGAUUUUUCGGAUGAAUUGCGGGACACGGAUGCUGUAAUUGCUUUGGAACUGAUCGAGCACGUAUAUGACGAUGUGUUGACCGAAAUUCCAGUAAAUAUUUUCGGAUUCAUGCAACCCAAAAUUGCUAUAUUUAGCACACCGAAUUCCGACUAUAAUGUCAUCUUCACCCGCUUCAAUACCCUUCUGCCGAAUGGAUUUCGCCACGAGGAUCACAAGUUUGAAUGGACACGUGAAGAGUUCAAGUCCUGGUGCAUGGGUAUUGUCCAGAAAUAUCCCAAUUAUAUGUUCGCCCUGAUGGGUGUGGGCAAUCCACCCCAGGAUUACGAGUCCGUGGGUCAUGUGUCGCAGAUAGCGCUAUUUGUACGCAAGGACAUUCUUGAAAUGCGUCUGGAGCAUCCGCUCACUCGCAAUGUGGGGGAAACCAAUCGCUACCAGCUCAUACAUGGUGUCACCUAUCCCUUUCAUGUAGAUACAAGGAGCAAGGAGCAACGUAUCUGGGACGAUGUUCAAUACGAGCUAAAUACUUUUAAGCAAUACUACAAGUAUAAAAGCGGGGAGGACGACUUUGAGGACAUGCAUAAAAUGCCAAUUGAGACACUACUGUCUCGCAUCCAUCGCACUGGCGCUACAAGGGAGAUCCUUGACGAUAUUCUAAAAAAGAAAUCAGUUCAGGUCGAGGAUCAAUUUGUUUUGAUAGAGGAUUCGGACGAAGAUUCAGUAACUUCAACCCAUAGUGAGACCCUUGAGCAGAGCUUGAAUAAGGUCGAAUUACCCGGCGAGGACGAGGAGUUUUGGGAUGUCAAUUAAGGCUUCGCUCCCUAUUAUGAUGGAGUCCAUCAUUAUAAUAUUAUAUCAUAAGGACAAGUCAACUCCCAUAUUGGCACUUUAAAUAAAUCUUAGUAUUACGAAAUCUGUUUACUGUUUACAUUUAUGU